AUGCUCCUUGGUGCCGUACGGAAUUGUCCAUCACAUUACAAGAAGGGGCGGGGGUACUUUAGUGGCAAGGGUGUUCCAUCGGCCAUGAAGAUGUUUCUAGCCACCAUCAUCGCAUGCGUGGCGAUGACGUCUGCGGCCGACGACGGCUUCGAUUGGCGCCAAAGCUUGAAGGAGCAGCUCGAAAGACUCAAGGAACAUCAACUUCAAAACCAACCGAAGGAUGCGCUAUAG